AUGGGUGCCUGUGCAUCCUCAACUUCAAACCCCAAAUCAGGUAGACCUGUGGGAGCUGGAGGAGGAGAAGGGUCGAGCACGAUCGGACGCUCAUCAACAACGUCCGCCAAGGUGGUUCACAUCGAUGGUCAUGUUCAGGAGUUCGGGCAACCAAUCCAAGCCAAGGGCGUCGUUUCCCAGAACCCGAACUGCUUCCUUUGCAGCUCAGAGUCCAUGUCCGUUGGCACCUGCGUGCCCCGGCUGCCUGAUGAUGAGGAACUCCAAUCGGGACAAAUUUAUUUCCUGUUGCCACUCUCCCAAUCCGACAAACCUCUUUCCUUACCAGACUUGUGUUCUCUUGCCAUCAAAGCUAGCUCUGGAAUAAGGAAAGACAGUGUUGACCACUCCUCCAGUAAUUCAAAACUCAUUCCCCGGUGA